GUGUUUAAGAUAAUUGGAUUCGAAUGAAGAAAGCAUAAUAGACACCAGCUGAACACCCUGCUGUUCUGAUAAAACACAAAGAAAAUCCAAUGACUCCCAUGUAUUUGCCGACAGAGCAUGGAACCACAUACAUGUUUAUGAGAAUAAUAAACAUGGCUGUCAGUGUAUGCUUCACAAAACUGGAGAUCUGGUUCCUGCUUGUCCCCUUCAUUUGUGCAGGUACCGUCAGCGUGUCCUGGGAAAACUGCAGUUACAUGACGUUGAAUUCAGCAGUUCUUCACCUGGGUGAUCCUUUGUCAGCCACUUGCCAAUUGAAAAGUGAAGGCUGCACUUUUGAUUACAGAAUUAAUGCAACCAGCAUCGUCUGGCGAAUGAAUGGGGAAGAGGUUCCCAGAAAUCAGUACCGUGCGUUGAAUGACAGAAUGUCGACAGUAUUCAUACCUUGGUUCAAUCGAUCGAAAGGGAACCUGACUUGUCACCUCUGGUACAACAACUCAUGGCAGCUACUUCGAUGGGCUGAGGUCAGAGCUGGAUUUCCUCCGGUGAGGCCACGCCUUUUAUCCUGCAUCUCUCACUGGACUUCAUUUUUGACACAAAGCAUGAUUUUGCAGCAGAUUUCAGUGACACUGAAGGUCACGUCCAAGUCACAAUUUAACAGCCUUGGAAUAGAACUUGGAGAAUGA